AUGAAACGCUGUUUAGAAAAGGACGACUCCACCAUGAACGAACAAAAUCAAGGCGCUUCGUGUUCUAAAACUAAAAAAAAUGCUGAUGAAUCUGAAGCUCAAAUUAGUUCAAUUGAUGAAACUACAGAUUUCGAUGAUGAUAUUAUAGCCAAUAACACUAGUGGUAUUGAGCAAAAGAAAUUUUUAAAUGAAAAGCGUAAAGAUUAUUUAAGCUGGGAUGAUCUUUUUAUGGCCAUUGCAUUUUUGACAGCCAAAUGCAAUAAAGAUCUUUAA